AGACAAACAAGCAUAACUCUCUCUACAUCAAAAGCCAAUAUGUCAACUAGAGAAGAGAGAGAUAAGUACUUAUCUAUCCUUGAAGAUGCAGGACAGGUCCAAUGGAGGUAUGGUAACCCUCCAGCCUUCGAUAUUGUGAACCAGCUCUUUGAAGAAGGCCAGACCAAGUUGUUUGUUAUGGCCAGAAGGGUCGUUAGAAGAGACGGUUCAAAACGCGAUCAAGUCAUGGGAGAUGGAAUCCGCUUACAAGACUUCAAGACUAUAAACCCUGACAAGUUUAAGCUCUUUGUCAAUGGGAGAGAAGGAUUAACAGUUGAAGAAACGCUUAAGCUUGGGAGUUACAACGCUUUGCUCAAGAACUAUUUGCCUGAGGAAUUUCAGUACUAUAAGACAGAGGAAGAGAACUUCGAGUCAUCACAUGACGCCUUUAGAUCUGCUUUACCACGU